AUGGAAGCGUCUCACCUCCCGCCAGAGGGGAUUAGGCUUCCCCCUAGCCCCAUGGACUCGGUCGAUUCGAUUGACUCGACGACGUCUGCACCCGCCCCCGACUCGACGACGGAGCCCGAGGAGAACGUCAUGAUAACCUUAUCGCUCAGUCACCAUCCUCCUACCUCCCCUCCGAGCCGAUUACCUUUCAACCGUUCCCAUUUCCGAUCGCGUUCCCUCGCAGAGGUUUCGGGGGUCCCUCCAAUGACGCGCGCUCACUCCUCCCCCGGGCUGGACUCUCGGGGAAGAUAUAUCUUCGUCAACGGUCGCGGGACACCGACGAACUUCGCGGAUCAUAUUCCGAAGCGCUACUCGCCCCUGCAGACUGCAGUUGGAGAAAACCUCGAGGCCAGAAUGAUGCCCCUGAAUAUCUCUGAGACGAUCUCUGAACACGCCGAACUGGACACCGGGAUGAUCUCCUCGCCGCACGGGGAAGCGCCAUCGGCCUCACCGAUGUUCCCGCACACGUUCCCCCGCAUUGGUCGCCGGCGACCAUCGUCUCCUCUGCAUUUCCAUGGCGGAACCCCCACCAGCAACUCGACCAGCAGUCCUUCUUCCGCGCAUUCCUCCCCGCUGAUUCUGAAUUCGAGAUUCAACGAAUCCUAUCCAGGAUACUCGGCGUCCUCCGCUUCCUCAGUACCCUCGACUCCUACAAGCCUUCGGUCUCGCAGCCCCAGUAUCUCGUCUUUGGAAACCAUUCCAGACAUCCCUGAUGCCGAAGCGGAGGCCACCGAAGCUGAUCAGAUCGCGAGCUUGAAAGCUGCGGCCGACAAGGCGGAUGAAGCCGAGGCGGCGGCCAAUGGAAGCCGUCGACGCGGCGCGUCCGAUGCUUCCGGUCCGUCGAGCGCGUUUAUGAACGUCAGGGGCGGAUCGGGUGGUUACGGGGUCAGAGCAGACAAGAGAAAGCGCUGGAGUGUUUGUGGAGCAGAGCGUCGCCAAGACUUGGAUCUAGAGACCAUUUGGGAAGAUUGA